AUGCAGAAUUCUGAGUUUUUUUAUUCCGAUUCCGAUUUUUAUUCUUCCGGCCAUUUCCCCGCCGGCCGGACUCCGACUAAUGAAAAUCAUUGUAUUGGCAAUGACAUAAUGUCGGAUUACUUAACCUAUUCUCCUCUUUCUUCGAUUCAGUGGGAGCUGGAAGACGGCAGCUCAGCGCUGGACCCCACAACGCCAGUCUCGGAUUUGGGUCCAUCGCCGUCGCCGGAAAAGAAGAGGAAAGUCACAUGUUGGACGAAAGACGAACACAAGCUAUUUUUGAUUGGACUGCAAAUAUAUGGGAAAGGACAUUGGAAAAGCAUUGCAACGGAAGUUGCUGUAACAAAAACAGCGGCCCAAGUGGCCAGUCAUGCCCAGAAGUUCUACAGCCGUAAACUUUCAUCGGAGCAAAGUCGGAAGAGGUCGAGUAUUAACGAUAUCACCACCGUAGAUGUGGAGACAAUGUCGCGGUUUCUCGCCGGCCGGCCGGCUGUCGCCCACUUCAACCCUCACUCCACUAUUUAG